AUGGCUCAAGAGCGCUCAUUGCGCCAGCCCAGCUCAAUUGUCUACGUCCCACUGCUUGGCCGCUGUGCAAAGCAGACGCAGUGGUCGUUUGGUCUGCAAUUGCUACGUGACUUUCGGGCAAGGCGUGGCAAGGAUGACCUUUUCAUCUGCGGUUCCAGCAUUCAUGCGUGUGAGAAGAGUGGUCAAUGGCCACAAGCUCUUGCCUUGUUGCAACAGUUGGACUGCUGGACAUUGGAAGGCAAUGUGGUGGUCCAUGGAUCCGUACUUUCUGCCGCGACACACGGGCAGGGCUCAGAAUGGGCAUCAGCCACGGCGCUCCUUUGCGCUUUGCAAGACCAAGAGAUACAGAGCAAUGUGAUCAUCUACAGCUCCAGCAUCACUGCGACGAGUCUUGGCCAAAAAUGGCAAGAGGCUUUGCAGAUCUUCUACUCCGCCCGUGCUGCUGGCGCAGUGAACCUCAUCGUCUACAACGCAGCCAUCAGCGCAUGCGAACGCGGCAGCGACUGGCAAAGGGCCUUGUCUUUGAUGGAAGACCUGAAAGACAAAGUUCGAAUCGAUGUGAUCACCUACAACGCUGCUAUCAGCGCGUGUGAGAAGAGUCGCCAAUGGCUACGAGCACUGCAGCUAUUUGACCAAGAGGAGCUGUGCGGUUUGAAACGGAGCAUCAUCAGCUACAACGCCGCGAUCAGCGCUGCGAGCUCUGCCUGGGAGCUGGCCUUGAGUCUCUUCAGGGAUGCAGAUCAAGGUCGGUGUCAAUGUACCGUGGUGACCUACAAUGCUACUAUCAGCAGCUGUGAGCAAGGAGACCAAUGGAAGCUGGCCCUGCAGUUGCUCGAUGAGAUGGCUAAGAGGCACAUCCGCAGAUCACAAAUCUCCUUCAAUGCAGCCAUAAGUGGUCGAGCGGGUGAGCCGGGUGAGCGAGCCUGGGAAUGGUCACUAGAUGUGCUACAUCAAUCUCAAGCGGACUUCCUGCUUGGAGAUUUGAUCACUUACAACGCAUUGAUAAGUUCCUGCGAAAAACAAUGGCUGAUGGCCCUGCUGCUGCUCGGAGAUACGGAAAGGAAUCUAAACGUGAACGGCAGGAAAAACGUCAUCACCUUCAGUGCCGCAAUCAGUGCAUGUGACAAGGCAAGCCAAUGGGAAUCUGCACUUGUGUUGUUACAGGAAGCCUGCAAGAGCCAUUUACUUAAUUUGAUCACGUACAGUGCUGCGAUCAGCGCAUGUGUCAAAGGGAAACAGUGGCAACAGGCACUGCGAGUUUAUGAUGAAAUCUGCAAAGCGGGCCUUCAAGUGAAUGUGAUCGCAUACCAUGCCGGCAUUUCUGCAUGUGAACAAGGAAUGCAAAGCAAGAGAGUUUUGGAGCUUAUAGCAGAGCUCAUAGCUUUACAAGAGUCGUUUUGGAGCUAUAGCAGAGCUCACAGCCCACCGACACUCAGAGUGUGA